AUGGCUUCCGCAUCGGCCUCCUCGUCGUCUUCCGCCUCAUCAACCAUUUCCUCUUCCGGGGGGACUUCCGCUUCCGCCUCCUCAUCCCUCGCAGCGGGGCUUGCGCGCAAGUUGCGGAAGGUCCUCGACACGCGCACGGACUCCCCCGAGCUGCUGGCAGCGCUCGGCGCGCUUUCGGGCUUCUACCGCGAAAACUCGCUGGCCAAUCGGCGCGCUUUGAAGUCCACGAUUGAGCGUAGAGGAUUGGCUAUUAACGAGGAAUUUCUUCAGGCGUCGGAAGCUGCUCAGGAGGCGCUAGAUGUGGUAGAAGCGGAGGUGCGGGGCCUUGCAGAGUGCUGCGACAGAAUCGGCGCAGCACUGACCACAUGCGCGUCAACAACGGGAGACAUGGUGCUGGCAACAGAGCGGCUCAAGCUGGAGCUGGUUACCACAGUGCGGCGCCAGCAGCUCGUUGCAGCCUUUCUCAGAAGCUACCAGCUCUCGCCACAGGAGGUGCAAGCACUGCGGGAGGACGAGAUCAGCGAGAAAUUCUUCGAGGCGCUGAACCGAGUGCACGAGAUUCAUGCCAACUGCAAGCUGCUGCUGCGCACCCACCACCAGAGGGCGGGGCUGGAGUUGAUGGAUCUGAUGGCAGUGUACCAGGAGGGGGCGUAUGAGAGGGCGGGACUGGAGCUCAUGGAUCUGAUGGCCGUGUACCAGGAGGGGGCGUAUGAGCGACUAUGCAGGUGGGUGCAGGCGGAGUGUCGCAGCCUGGGGGACAGCGAUGGGGACACACCUGAAGUGGGCCCACUGCUGCGCACUGCAGCACAUUGCCUUAAAGACCGCCCCGUGCUCUUCCGCUACUGCACAGAGGAGGUGGCCAACACGCGCCACAACGCACUCUUCCACCGCUUCAUUGCUGCUCUCACGCGUGGCAGGCCGGGCGGCAUGCCUCGUCCCAUUGAGGUGCAUGCGCACGACCCGCUGCGAUACGUCGGCGACAUGCUGGCAUGGCUGCACCAGGCACUAGCCUCAGAGAAAGAGUUGGCUGCAGCUUUAUUCGCCAACACAGAUAAACCCUCAUCCACGUCAGCAGAAUCAGGAGAAGGGGGAGCAAGGGCAGGGGGGGUGGAUGCUGACGUGGCAGCGGUGCUGGACCGCGUAUUUGAGGGCGUGUGCCGGCCAUUCAAAGUGCGUGUGGAGCAGGUGCUGACGGGGCAGCCGGGGCUCGUGCUGUGCUACAAGCUCUCCAGCCUCCUCUCCUUCUACUGUCACACUGUAGCAGAGUUGCUGGGCGAGAAAGCAGCCCUAUGUGUGGUUCUAAGGGACCUCAGUGAAGCAGCAGGGAGGGCGUUUCUCGACGCAGUCAAGCUCAGGGGCGAUCGAGUGCUGCGCUUCCCCCCGGCAGUGCCCUCCGACCUCUCCCCCCCGCCUCUCGUGGGGGAAGGAGUGGCGGUGGUGUUGGAGCUACUGCAGGCGCAUGCCAGCAUGAUGGUGCCUGCUGGUGCAGGCAAGCCGGAUUUUCUACCCGUUGCUGCUGCUCUGCUAGACCCCCUUGUGGAGGUGAGUUCCUGCCUGUCUCUCCUGUUCCGUUCCCAUCACUUCCCCUCCCCUCUUCCGCCUCUCGUGGGGGAAGGAGUGGCGGUGGUGUUGGAGCUACUGCAGGCGCAUACAAGCAUGAUGGUGCCGGCUGGGGCUGCCAAACCGGAUUUUUUACCCGUCACUGCUGCGUUCCCAGACCCACUCGUGAAGGUGCACACACGGGCAGCACAGGCCCGCACACCCAAAGCCGUCACUGCUCUCACCUCUGGCUCCUUCCUCCUCUCUCCCUCGCCGCGCGUCUGCCUCUGCGUCCCACAGGCGCUGACAGCAAAGGCCGUGACUGCUCUCUCCUCGGGCUCCUCCUCUCUCCCUCGCCGCGCCUCUGCUUCUGCAUCCAUGUCCGCAGCAGCAGGAGGGGACAGCGGGCCAUUGGGGAGAAGGGGGUCUGUGCCUGUGGGCAGGAGAUCUACUGAAGGGCAGGACGAUGGGACGGACAACACGGUGAGUGUUUGUGACUCUGCUUCUGCAUCCAUGUCCACAGCAGCAGGAGGGGACAGUGGCCCGCUGGGGAGAAGGGGGUCUGUGCCUGUGGGCAGGAGAUCUACUGAAGGGCAGGACGUUGGGGCUGAGAACACGCAGGUGGGGAGAGUGGGCCGCUGGGGAAUAAGGGGGUCGCUGCCGCUGGGCAGAUGGGCCACUGAAGGAAAGAACAAGGGGGCUGAGAGAAUGGUGAGUGUUUCUAUGUCAACCGAGAGGGUUGAGAAUCGUGUUCCUGCAGCAGGGAGGGAGAUCGGCCCACUGGGAAGAAGAGGGUCGUUGCCGCUAGGCAGGCAGGCUACAGAUGGGGAGAUCGAGGGGGCUGAGAGCACGGAGUGCUCGUCUCAGAGCACAUCACAGCCAUGGUGCCCCUCGAGGUGGCGGCUAUCCUCCACCACUGCAUGCUCUCCCCCAUCCUCCUUACCUCCUCACCUGUACCCCCCCACCACCACUCCCCCACCCCCCACCUACAUCAGGCGGUGGCAGUGGCACGCCACAUCUUCCUCGCCAACUGCCCGGCAGCCCUGCAUGCGCCCCUCGCCCCCUGCCAGUGCUGUGAACACCAUACGUGCCAGGACCUUAUCCCCUUUAACCACCUGUACCUCCCCAACCCCUUCCCCCCAUCAGGCGGUGAGUGUCGCGAGGCACAUCUUCCUCGCCAACUGCCUGGCAGCUCUGCACGCGCCCCUCGCGCCCUUCCCAGUGCUGACACCAUACUCCCAGGGGCUGGCAGGCGCGCUCUCAGAGCACGUCACAGCCAUGGUGCAGCUCGAGGUGGCGGCCAUUCUCGACCACUGCAUGCUCUCUCCCAUCCUCCGCCUCAUCGCUCAAAUCAACCAGGCCUCUCAGCAACAGCAACAACAGCAGCAGCAGCAAGAAGGGGCAGAGGUAUCAGCAGCAGGAGCGGCAACCCCCCCGUCGCAGCAGUACCCUCCCUUGGCCCAGUUCCCAGAGGCGUCUCCCUCUGCUGUGGCGGAGUCACUGCAGCGGCUCUUUGCCCUGCUGGCAGGGGCGGAGGGGCGUCUGCCUGAGUUUGAGGCGCUGGGCGUGGCGAAGCUGAGGGCGCAGGCUGCAGGGCUGGUGGCGGGGGCGCUGGCAGAUGCGUAUGCAGCGGUGUAUGACGCGGACUGCCUGACUUUGGGGCACCGCAGUGCAGCCAGAUGGGUGAACGUGUGCAGUGCAGGCGGCUGGGCUGUCGGACUGUUUGGAUGUAUGGUGCUGGGUGGGGCGAAGCUGAGAGCGCAGGCUGCUGGGCUGGUGGUGGGGGCGCUGGCAGAUGCGUAUGUGGCGGUGUAUGAGGCGGUGUGGGAUGAGCACAUGCAAAUCCCAGUGCUAGCCGCACUGGGCAAGGCGUGGGGUCGCACAUUCGCCAACUGCUCUCAAGCCACCGGAUUGACGUGUAAUGGCAAGGGCAUGGUUAUUGAGAUGUCGCUCAACAACACUCAACUCACAGGAUCCAUUCCGUCGGUGAUCGGCAAACUAUCUCUCCUUGCUCACGUCAACCUAGGCGCCAAUCAGCUAACGGGGGUCAUUCCAGAGUCUAUCGGGAAUCUCACCAACCUCUCCUACCUAGGUCUCUACAACAAUCAGCUAACCGGCCCUGUUCCGCAGUCGAUUGCAGCGCUCGCCAAGCUGCAAACCUUAACACUAUCUGACAACCGACUCAACGGCAACCUUCCUAAUGCUCUUGGCAACCUCACGGCACUUCUCAGGCUCAAUUUGGACAACAACUUGUUGUCGGGCUCCCUCCCGUCAACACUCUCUGCCCUCUCCUCCGCCACUUACCUGAGCAUUUCUGAUAAUCUCCUCAACGGCACUCUCCCUGAUGGCAUUGGCGCCCUCUCUGCGCUCCAAAGCCUCGGUUUGGCCAACAACUCUCUCUCUGGGCCGCUUCCCAUAUCCAUAGGCAACCUCACCAGCCUAGUCACCCUGGGUCUGACCAACAACAGCCUGUCUGGUCGACUUCCCUCCUCAAUCUCGUCCCUUGGGAAGCUCGAGAAGCUCAACCUGGGCUUUAAUAUCUUCACGGGCGCACUACCCAACAGCAUCAGGCGGAUGACUGCCCUAACAAGAAUUCGCCUGCAUAACACGUCCCUCUCUGGGCCUCUCCCACCGCGCAUAGGGGAGCUCAGGAGACUCAAACAAGUGGAUCUGAGCAACACUGGAAUCAGCGGGGCUCUUCCUGAAUCCAUGGGCCACCUGGACAAGCUCACAGAGCUCUACAUGCACGGGUGUCAGCUCAACGGAUCGUUGCCCGUGCUACUAGGCAACCUCACAGCUCUGCAAACACUCGAUCUAGGGAGCAAUCAUUUCUCAGGGGAAAUUCCCCUGUUUCUUAGCAGCCUCACACGCGUGGAGUCACUGGACCUCUCCGCCAAUCAGCUCACAGGAUUGAUCCCGGACACCGUCAGCACCAUGCAACGACUGCAACAGCUUGAUCUCGCCUCCAACAGCCUCUCAGGCUCUGUCCCGUCCACCACCGCCCUGCUCACCAACCUCACCUCUCUAAACUUGUCACACAACAACCUCUCAGGGACGAUACCAGCUUCCUUCUCCACCCUCACGGGUCUGCAGGCGCUCGAUUUGAGUUACAAUCCUCAGCUCAGUGGGUCCAUACCCGCUACCCUGGGGCAGCUCAGCAACCUCACUUUUCUUGCAACCAACGGCACCAGCACCACCUGUCCCCUCCCAUCGGCACCAUGCGAGGUGACCCAGUCAUCCACCUCGGCCUUCUGCGUGGCCUGCCCUGACUUCUGCUCCUCCUGCUGCACCUCCUGCUCCUCCGACCCCUGCACCAGCUACCCCUCCAACCCAUGUGGCCCAGGAGACUGCAUCCCCUCCUCUCCUCCUCUCCUCCUCCUCUCCUCCUCCUCUCCUCCCAACCCCGUUUCCGCUUCCACCAACAAGGCCCCUCCACCAGCCUCCACCACAGCUCCUAACAGCUCUUACACCUGCCGCUGCUCUGCGGGUGCUGCUGCUGCCGUGGGGGCCAAUGGGCUGCCGACAUGUGUGACUUCCCCCCCCCCACCGCCUCAGGGGCCAUCCAGUGCAGUUGCCAUGCCGACUGGGGCAAUCAUCGGCAUCGCAGUCGCGUCCUUCGCUGUGAUUGUGUGCUGCUUCACUCUCAUCUUCCUCUGCUGGCGAUGGCGCCACACCAGCCAGAGCAGAGAGCUGGCCAACCAAGGUUGGCAGGCAGAAGCAGAUCGAACUCAUCAUGCGCCACCUACACCAAACGCGCCGCCGCUGCCUCACCCGCUGCUCUCCGUCUACUCGCGUAACUCGUCGCUUCGGUCUCGUCCUCGUCGCCGCGACAGCAUGCCUCGCUGUAGGCAUACGCCGUCCUCGCAAUCCCUCCCCCACCCUUCCCCCCCCCAUCCCCUUCCCUACCCCCCCCCCUCUCCCCCCCCCGCCCCGCCUGCGCCUACUAGCUCUAGUACCCAUUGCCCCUGUGCCGCGCCAUCCCCCCUCAAAAUCGCCGCAGCGCCCACGCUCGUCCCAUGCCCUCUCACCACCCCCCUCCGCCACCCCCUUCAAUCCUCUGCCUGUUUCCGCGCGCAGGCGUGCAGCGCGCAGCAGCAGAGCGGAGCGGCGCAGCAGCAGGGCGGAGCGGCGCAGCCGGGGUCGAUGCUGGCGGGAUUCGAGUACCCGGAGCACGUGUGCGGGGCGGCGUGGCGCGACGAGUACGCGCAGCUGCACGCGCGCAUCAGAGCCGCCAGCAGAGACGCGUGGCGGGCGCGACAGCCGCCAGGUAUACUACUAGUAGCGGCGGACGGCGGGGCGGAGCGCGUGGUGAUGCGGUCUUAA